AUGAAGCUCUCCGUCCAGCUCGGCAUUUUCCCGCGGCGCCCCAGUUCCCACGGCAACCCCGGCACCCUGACCAGCUGGGACGACAGCAGCUCCGUGAGCAGCGGCAUCAGCGACAACAUCGACACGGAUGACAUCAACACCAGCUCCUCCAUUUCCUCCUACGCCAACACGCCGGCGGCGCAGCGCAAAGGCCUCAACGCACAGCCGGUGACGGAUGCAGAGAAGCACUCGGCCUCCACAGGAACUCACCAGGCCUGGACGGGGGAGGAGCUGAGGAGGGACGGCGGGCCGGACGGCGGGGUCAGGAUGGACUCGGGUUCCAAGUGGAGCCGCAAGACCCCCUCCGACAUCUCGGACGAGUCGGACAAAGGCGGCUCGGGGAGGAAGGCCCCCCCCGCGUCCCACACGGGCUCCUGGAGGAGAGGCAUGAGCGCCCAGGUCGGGGUGACCUCGCCCCGGACCAAAAGCGCCGCCGGCUCCACGGGCUCCGUCGGCCUCAAGAGCCACGGCUCAGCUAAGACGGACGACGUGAAGGUGUCUGAGAAGGGCCGGCUCUCGCCCCGCUCCAACGGCCUGCAGCGCUCGCCGUCGGACGCCAGCGACGAGGCCAAGAAGCAGCCGGCCCCCCCGGGCCGCCCGCCCGCCACCGCGUUAUUUGGUGGGAAGCCCAGCAAACAGGCCCCGGUCACCACGGCCGAAAACAUGAAGAACUCCACCGUCAUCUCCAACCCCCACGCCACCAUGAACCACGUCGCCACGGCCUCCAGCCCGGGAUCGGUCUACUCCUCCACCGGCCCCAGUAACAGCCUGACGUGGGGAACCACCUUCAGCGGCUCCUCGGUGCCCAGCCGGGAGAGCACGCUGGGGGGGCACGGCGGGGCGGGCAGCGUGGGCUUCCCCUCCGUCAGCAGCAUGCACACCAGCAGCGAGUCCAUCGACAUGAGCCUGGGCAGCGCCGGAGGGGGGGGCGGGCCCGGCACCCACAGGGAGGACACCCUGGCCGCUCUGGGCCGCGCCGGCAGCGUCAAGACCGGCAUGUCCGAGAGCCCCCUCUCCUCCCCCUCCGCUAGCCCCAUAUUCAGCCGAAACACGCUCCCUCGGAGGCAGGACAGCGGGCCACACUGUGGUAGAAACACUCUGCCUAAGAAAGGAUUCAGGUACGGCCCCUCUCCGCAAAUUCGGGGCCACGAGGAGGCCCGCGAUUGGCUGCGCUCCCACUCCACCAGUGGGCUGCAGGACUCGGCCAGCAACUCCCCGUUCUCCCCCGGGUCCAGCAUCACCUCGCCCUCAGGGACGCGCUUCAACUUCGGACAGCUGGCAUCCAGCCCGACUUCUACGGCUCAGAUAGGCCUGACGGGUCCACGCAACAACAGCCUGACCAAUCAGGACGGCCCUUUUGACCCGAGCGAAAACCGGCUGAGGAACUCCUGCAUGUCGCUGGAUGAGAAGACUCGCACCAUGAGCCGAUCCGGGUCCUUCAGAGAGGGCUUUGAAGAAGUUCACGGCUCGUCCCUCUCCCUGGUCUCCAGCACCUCCUCCAUCUACUCCACCAACGAGGAGAAGUCUCAGUCGGAGAUCCGUAAGCUGCGGCGGGAGCUGGACGCCUCCCAGGAGAAGGUUUCCGCCCUCACAACCCAGCUGAGUGCCAAUGCCCACCUGGUGGCGGCCUUCGAGCAGAGCCUGGGCAACAUGACCAUCAGGCUGAAGAGUCUCACGCUGACGGCCGAGCAGAAGGACUCUGAGCUGAACGAGCUGCGGAAGACCAUCGAGCUGCUGAAGAAGCAGAACGCGGUGGCCCAGGCCGCCAUCAACGGGGUCAUCAACACGCCCGAGCUGGCACCCAAAGGCCAGCGGACGGGAAGCAACGGCAGCCCGCAGCAGCACCAGCAGAACCACCAGAACCAGCACCAGAACCAGCAGCAGCAGAACCAGCAGCACCAGCCGGACCUGCGCAUCCGGCGCCAGCACUCGUCCGACAGCGUGAGCAGCGUGGCCAGCGCCACCAGCCACUCCAGCGUGGGCUCCAACAUGGACGCCGACGCCAAGAACAAGAAGAAGAACAAGAAGAACUGGCUUCGAAGCUCCUUCAAACAAGCCUUCACCAAGAAGAAGUCUCCCAAGUCGGCCUCGUCCCACUCGGACAUCGAGGAGAUGACCGACUCCUCUCUGCCGUCCUCCCCCAAACUCCCCCACAACGGCGCCCCCGCCGGCGCCCACCUGCUCAGGAACACGCACUCCAACUCGCUGCUGUCGGAGUGCUUGGAUAGCGAGGCGGAGACGGUGAUGCAGCUGCGGAGCGAGCUGAGGGAGAAGGAGAUGAAGCUGACCGACAUCCGGCUGGAGGCCCUGAGCUCGGCCCACCAGCUGGACCAGCUCCGGGAGGCCAUGAACCGCAUGCAGCUGGAGAUCGAGAAGCUGAAGGUGGAAAAUGACCGUCUGAAGGUUGAGACUCAGGGCAGCAGAAUGGGCUCUCAGGCCUCCAUCUCCUCCUCACCUCCCCCCCACACACACAGCCAGACCCCGGGACCCGGCCCAGGCCUCUCUCAGCACAGCCUGAACCUCACCACCAGCGAGUCCACCAGUCUGGAUAUGCUGCUGGACGAUAACGGCGGGGAGGGCGGGAUGAGGAAGGAGGGCCGCCACGUGAAGAUCGUCGUCCAUCUGGAUGAGGAGAGCAAAUGGGGAGAGGAGGGUCAUCCUCGCCGUUUUCUGAUUGGCUGCAUCGGUGUGAGUGGAAAAACAAAGUGGGACGUCCUGGAUGGAGUGGUCCGGCGCCUUUUCAAGGAGUACAUCACGCACGUGGACCCGGUGAGCCAGCUGGGGCUGAGCACGGACAGCGUGCAGGGCUACGACAUCGGGGAGGUCCACCGGCCGGGCAGCCCCGGCGCGGCCAGCACCCCCGAGCUGCUGCCCUGCGGCUACCUGGUGGGAGACAACACCAUCAACAUCCAGCUCAAAGGUGCCAGCAGUGAGAACGUGGACUCUCUGGUGUUCGACACGCUGAUCCCGAAGCCCAUGCUGCAGCGCUACACCUCCCUGCUGAGGGAGCACCGCCGGCUCAUCCUCUCAGGGCCCAGCGGCACGGGGAAGACCUACCUGGCCACGCAGCUGUCCCGACACCUGCUGCUGCUGGAGGGCCGGCCUCUGACCCCCAACGCUGUGGUCACCUUCAACGUGGACCACAAAUCCAGCAAAGAGCUCCGUCAGUACCUGUCCGGUCUGGCGGAGCAGUGCGGCGGGCGCCCGGCCGCAGACUGCCCCCUGGUGGUCAUUCUGGACAACCUGCACCACGUCAGCUCCCUGGGGGAGAUUUUCAACGGACUCUUCAACUGCAACAGCCAGCACUGCCCCUACAUCAUCGGCACCAUGAGCCAAGCCACGUCCUCGGCCCCCAACCUACAGCUCCACCACAACUUCCGGUGGGUCCUGUGUGCUAACCACAUGGAGCCGGUGAAGGGCUUCCUGGGCCGCUUCCUGAGGAGGAAGCUGCUGGAGACGGAGAUCUGCAGCCGGACGCGCAGCGCCCAGCUGGUCAAGAUCGUGGACUGGGUCCCGCGGGUCUGGCACCACCUCAACCGCUUCCUGGAGACCCACAGCUCCUCCGACGUCACCGUCGGGCCUCGUCUCUUCUUGUCGUGUCCCAUGGACGUGGAGGGGUCCCGGGUUUGGUUCACUGAUCUCUGGAACUACUCCAUCGUGCCCUACAUGUUGGAGGCCGUGCGCGAGGGGCUGCAGCUGUACGGGCGGCGGGCCCCCUGGGAGGACCCGGCUGCCUGGGUGGUGGACACCUACCCGUGGUCCUCCACCCCCCCGCCCGGGGACUGGAACCCGCUCCUGCAGCUGCGGCCCGAGGACGCCGGCGCACAAGCCUCCCUCGGUGCUGGACUGACUCCUAACAAACAAUGCCUUACUCUUUUUCUAGCUGACCGCCUGCAUCGGCCGGUUCUUUUUGUCCGAACGGCUGUAAACUCUACAGGGCUUCGAGCGGCCCGCCGGUACCAGAGCGGGUCCCACCUCUCGUCAUAUCACCCGCAGAUGUCGUGGGAUUGA